AUGAUCAAAGAACUCGUUUGUCGAUUAUUUUCUGCUCAAUGCCAAUUAAAAUCUCUUCGACUUGAUAUUAGUAACGAAUUUCGUUGUGGUUUUAUUCAUCGAUGUUUAUCAUCAAAUUCUGAUCUCUCUCCGAAUUUAAUUCAAUCGUGUAAUAUAACUCUUCGUCGUUUACAUAUUCGACUUAAUCAUGCACUUUUUCUUGAAAGUCUCAUUGAAUAUGUCCCCAAUCUCGAACAAAUAUCGGUGAAACUCGAUGGUUCAUUAAAAUUUGAUAGAUUAUGGAAAUCAAACAUAGAAGCAUUGAAACAAUCAAAUGAAACUUGGUUCAAUAAAAUACCAAAACUACAAUGUUUUAGUUUAAAAACUUUUAUUGAUGAUGAUUUGGAAUUUAUUUAUUUGAAAUGGCUUCUUAAUAAUUUAAAUUUUGUUAAAAAACUUCAAAUUUAUAUUAAAAGUGUUAAAUUAGACGAUAGAAAAUGUCAAAAUAUAUGGAAAUGUUUGAUUGAUGCAAAUUUCAUUCGUCAAUAUUGUUUACCUGAUAGAAUACCUAAUUUAAUUGAUUUCAAUUUUUAUAUUUGUUCACAAUGUCAAUUAUCAUAUGAUGAUAUAGAAAAAAUAAUUAAUUCAUUUAAAAUUUAUUCUUUUUUUAUUUCACAUCAAUGGACAAAUAUUAAAUGUUUAUAUGAUUCAAUAAUAUCAUGUCAACAUCUUUUCUCUUCUUUUAUUAAUACAUUUCAAUCUUCUGAUAAUCGAAUUAAUUAUUCAUAUAUUUUCAAUUUAUUACGUUUUGGCGACAUAUGCUAUAAUUCAUAUCCAUCACUGUAUUUAUUUUUGGAACAAUUUAAUGAAUUAUCUCCUAAUGUUUCCUAUAUCAACGUAUAUAAAACAUAUAACAAAGAUUUUGAUAAAUCUGAUCUUGUAAUGUCAUUGGAAAUUUUAUCCAAAAUGAGGCAAAGCAAGAGAAUUGAUAUUCCUUUUCGAAAUGUUACAAAAAUUCAAUUUGGAACGGAUUUUCAUCGAAAAAAUUGUUAG